AUGCAUGCUCGACAAAUUUGUGUUUGCUGCUUUUCUGCAAAUCUCAAUGACAUCACUCUUCUUACCUUACUCCUCACUCCUCUACUGCCACAGCACAGCAGCCGUCACCCAUUCCAUUCCAUAGCACGAACGGGAAGCUGCAGCAUGUCGACAGAUCCGAGGACGACGUACUUGCGCUACAAGACGGCCAAUGGAAAACUCGUCCGUUGGCUGACGAUACACGCGCGUCUGCGGUCUUCUCGUGGCUCUUCAUCUUCAUCUGAGACUCCCGAGGCCUCAAAUACGAAAAUUUCCACUCAUGAGCUUGUGCCCUGGGCGCAUUCGAUUGCUGCGGCCAACAUUGACAUACCGCUGGAGAUCAUCUAUAUCCUGAAGGACAUCAUUGCCGGGCGCCAGGAAUGUCUGAACUGGUAUCAUAAGCUGGCACGAAAUAACAAUGUUGAUCCGGCGGUCUUGAUAUCGAAUCGCACUCACAAGUACUUUCUCUCGCGAAUGCAGCAAGUACACAACAUCCUUAUGGCCGCCUAUCAGGUAAGCCAUCCCAAGUCAAAGCACUCUAACACUAAACUCGACACCAAUCUGGAGAAGAUGAAAAACUCCUUUGAAUAUCUGCAUGUCGAAGACCCGGCAGAAGGUGAGGGCGAGGAGUCGUCCGAGGUCAAUCUGCGGUCGAAGGCCAACAUCAGCAAGGAGGCCGAACAUGAAUCAUCUGAAUACAAUCUUGWCGAUGGCAACGAAGAAAAGUCGUUUGCCAUUUUCUGUCUUUUCCAAGACUUUGCCGCCCUCCAUAAGCAAAUCUGCCAGAUAUGGGCGGAGUACAAGAAUGGUGACCUCAGCUUCAUGACUACUUGUAUCCUCACAAACACCGCGUUCGACUUCUACUUGAACGCCGCCGAGGAAUUCAGCCAGGCACAUGCGGAUCUCAGGUCUUUUGAGGACAUACUCGAGUUUUCUGGCAUGAGCGGGUACCUUACCAAGGCCCGGAUCGCGCAGUAUCAUAUCUGCAAUAGGAAUGACGACGGCGUGAACUUGACGAAAUCAGGCAUCCACAACGACUUGCUUUGCAUGAAAGCUUGGACUGCUCUUCGCGAUGUCAAAGAUAUUUCGCCUUGGCUGCUGACCACAGAUGCAGAGAGGCAACGAGUGGGCUCUCCGAGGGUGCGACACUCUGGCCCCCCUUUCAACAAAUUGCUGAUUGGCGUUGCUAAAGAGCUCGUCCAACCGAUCGCGGACAUAUGCUCCUCGCUGGAUCUUGCUGCCCAUAACUUGGAUGAGUUCACGCUGCGCCUGAUCCAAUACAUGACCUCACCAGGUGAUGGUKCCAUGCCGAUCGGGCUGGCGGGGAUGACUUCUGCAUACAUCGGCAUCUACGAUACCCUAGAUGGCGACAUGGAGCAAGGACUGUUGGAAUCCAAUCGCGUUCUUGAUCGAAUCCAUGAUGCAGCCGCUGACUACCGCGGCUAUCUCGAAGGUAUCGGUAUCGGACACGGAGAAAUCGAAGGGAUGCUAGGCUGCACUCGAAAAACCUCGGAUCACUUGGAGUUCCGGGUCAACUGCUCUAUCGACCAGCCUGGUCUUCAGCUCUCGAAACGGCUUCUAGGUGCCUUGCCAAUCCUCUGUGGUACGCAUGCUGUAAAGAUGUCUGAGCGCUCACAUCUUUUCGGGCUUUCUUGUUUCAGUUCCAACACCUUUCUACUCACUCUUGCUCAUCUCUACAAGGCUUCAAGGGAGCAUGGCUUACUCACAAGCGACUGGCCUUUGAUGGAAUUCAUCAUUAACAACCAAAUGAAAGUGAAGCGAAUAGAAAGAACUAGGAAAACAUUCUGUGGUGAAAUCAAUCCCAACAGUCACAUGCCCGCACUAUCUCGAGCCCGGCAGUUCGUCAUGUCACUGGGAAUUCCUCUAGAAAAGGCCUGUCGAGCGACUCCAGCAGACCAUCCCGACAUCUCUCCAAUCAGCCUGGCAAUCAAUCCGGUGAGCACUAGUCAUUUCCUUGCUGCUACGGAGCAUAUUGCAAAGAGGAAAGAGAGAUUGGGACAGGCUCCGAAGAUGAUCGAGUUGCAUUACGAUGUUGUCAGGCGAUUGUUGAAGUCGGGUGAGCCCAUACGAGAUCCGAUCAUUGCCGAAGAAUGGCAGCGUUCGAAGAGCCUUACCGACGCUCAGAUGCUCACAGUCCUUCAACAAGCUAUUCUGGUUUCAGAGCAAGACAUCAAUACCGACUACCUGGGUCUAUCCAAGAUCUGUACAACACUCCUGAAAGACUUCCAAAAAUUGGCUAUUAUCAAAUCAACCGUCGAUGUAUCUAUGCUACACUCGUCCACGGCUCUCGUGGCGUUCACCCUGUGGCAGGCAGCGCAACACGAACAGUCUAUCCACCAGCGUCGGCCAUCGCAGCGGUGUGAGCUACUUUUGAGCAAGGCUGCUCAACUGAUCGAGAGAGUCCUGGAGACUGGGAGCGAUGACCUUUGCGGAAGUAGUCUCGAAGUCACCAGCGGCUCGAUCGCCGAACGCUUGAAGCCUGCAGUCCUUUAUCCAGCUGGAAGACUGAAGCAAUUUGGAAUCGUAGACUUUGGUGGCAUAACCUUUGCUAAGUCUAAGGUCCAAGAAUCCGCAGAGGAAAAGCAGCUUGCAUUCGACGCCAAGGCGGGGAAGGUUGCGAAGAUUGUGGAAGAAUUCCAGGAGCAGAACGGUUCGUUACGUUCUGGGGACGAUGUUGCGGAACAAAUGCAAAGGCUGCGAGAAGAACUGGAGAAAAAGCUAUUCGAUGCUAAAUGUCUCUCGAAAUCGCAGGUUUCCCUUGUGGACGGGCGGCUGGCUUUUUCUGCUCGAGAUAUAACCGACUCGGAACUACGCGAUGUGGUGAACAAUCUUACUGCUAGAAGAUUGAUUGAAAUAAUGAAGACUGGCGUCCAUUUUGGCGAGGAUUGA